AUAUUUCUCAACAUUUAUGAAUAAAUUUGAAUUGGCUCUCCAAACUUAACAAGAAUUAUUAAACUAUAUUCUAACAACUUAAUGGAAGGAUGAUUAAGAGAAAUAACAAUUAGGAGUAAUAUUUUAGAAAGUCUAAGUAUUUAUUAAUACAACUCUAUUAGACAACUUGCAAUAUUAAAUUAGAUAUAGAUGAAUUCUUUUCCAAAGAGAAGCAGGAAUAGUUGAAAUCCUAUAUAUAUGAAAAACAGAAACAAGUACUAUACAAAUAUGAUUUUUUAAGAUUAGAAGGAUUAAUAAAAGUCUAUAGGAAACUUUAAAUAAAUAAGCUCAAGUGUAAUAAUCUACGACCUGUGUAAUAGCUUAAUUGCCACCUAGAUUUAAAAAUAACAAGGAGUCUUACCUCCAAUAAAUGUAAUUAUAAUCAAUUUAGAUCUUAGACAUUAUUUUAAAACAAACCUGAUAGAAUUAAAAAAUUGCUAUUAAAAAUUAGGCUAAGAUAUAGAGUUGAAAUAAUAAAGAGAGGAAAUAUAAAAAUAGAUUAACUUAUUACAAAUAGCAGAAAAUUUUAAAUUUGAACUAAAUUGUUUAGAAAGUGAAUUAAUGUAAAAUAGACUUUAAUUAAAUGAAUAAUUUGAGAGCAUCAGAAAUUAAAUAGAGAAUAUUACUGAGGAUGAAUUACUGUAAGAUUUAGUGAGUUUUUGUACAGCAAUUUCAAGAGCAAAUAUUGUUUUGAAGAAGUAACUUAUAAUUGUAAAGUAAAUAUAUUAAUUUGACACAAAAGAUUUGUAAUAGCAAUAAAAUUAAUUUUAGUUAUUUGUAAAUGAUGGAAAUAGAUAAAGAAAAUAAAUAAAGUAGUUACUCUUAAGAUACUGAUGUUACAAGUUAGUAAUCACCAUAAAAAAACUGCGAUUAAAAUUUAAUCAUUAACAAAAAUAUUAGAAAUCAAGAAUGUUUGUGUACAAUAUUUUGAUGAGAUUUAAAAUGUGUAUUAUAAAAAACAGAAAAUAGAGAUG